AUGAACCCCAUUGCAUUUUAUGAAAUUAAUGGAGUUAAGCAUUACCUUUCAUGUGACCAGGAAUCCUGCUUGUUAACAACUGACCUAUUAUAUGCAACUGAUUUCACUUUUGACAGUGAUGUCCUCAUGGCGGAUGACAUGAAUGUUGGCUACCCUCUUUCUGGGAAUUAUCCGUUGGCGUUAAUUGAAACCAUAAAGGGAGCAAUAUUACUUGAUUAUACACUUGAUGAAACCAAAGGAGUUCUUAAUCUUGGUGGGACUAUUCGUUCAUGUAAAUUGACCAUACAAAGGGAAAAUAAGGUUACGUUCGAAGGUGGGACAACCGAGUGCUUCGCUAUAAGAAAAUUUAACAUGGUCAAUUCAACUCCUAUGCAAAACCCAGAAUCCUAUGAUGCUGAUGGUUCAGAAAAUGAGAUCUUGUUCGAGGAAUCCUCAGAUAGGCAGAUAAUACCAUCAGCGGAAGAUCAACCUGAGGAAAAGCCGUUUCAGAUACCUGAAUCUGCUACUAAUGUUGCUUCUCAACAACAUGAACUCGAAGCCCGUGAGAAUUCAGAGGAUGAAUUUACUUCAGAUGAACCUGAAUAUUCAGCAGAUGUUGCUUCAGAUGAACCAGAAACUGCUACUUCUGGUAAUGCUACUUUAGUUGAACCGGAAACUUCAGCCGAUGCAGAUUAUUCCACAGAAUUUACCUCAGAAGAACCAGAAUAUUCAACUGAUCUUGCCUCGGAUGAACCAGAAUCUUCAGCUCAUGUGAUUUCAGAUGAACCAGAAACAGAUGAACCAGAAACUUCAGACUACGCGGACUAUUCCACAGUAUCAACCUCAGAAGAACCAGAAUAUUCAACUGAUCUUGCCUCAGAUGAACCAGAAACUUUAAUUGAUACUACUUCAGAUGAACCUGAAUAUUCAACAGAUGUUCCUUCAGAUGAACCAGAAACUUCAAUUGAUGCUACUUCAGAUGAAGCAGAAUAUUCAACAGAUGUUGCCUCAGAUGAGCCAGAAACUUUAAUUAAUCCUACUUCAGAAGAACCAGAGUAUUCAACAGAUGUCGCCUCCGAUGAACCACAAACUUCAGUUGAUGCUACUUUUGAUGAACUAGAAACUUCAGUUGAUGCUACUUCAGAUGAACCAGAAACUUCAGACGACUCGGACUAUUCCACAGUAUCAACCUCAGGAGAACCUCAAUAUUCAACAGAUGCUACUUCAGAUGAACAAGAAACCUCAAUUGAUGCUACUACGGAUGAACAAGAAUCUUCAGCUAAUACUACUUCAGAUGAACCAGAAACUUCAGACGACUCGGACUAUUCCACAGUAUCAACCUCAGGAGAACCUCAAUAUUCAACAGAUGCUACUUCAGAUGAACAAGAAACCUCAAUUGAUGCUACUACGGAUGAACAAGAAUCUUCAGCUAAUACUACUUCAGAUGAACCAGAAACUUCAGACGACUCGGACUAUUCCACAGUAUCAACCUCAGGAGAACCUCAAUAUUCAACAGAUGCUACUUCAGAUGAACAAGAAACCUCAAUUGAUGCUACUACGGAUGAACAAGAAUCUUCAGCUAAUACUACUUCAGAUGAACCAGAUACUUCAGUGAUUGUGACCUCAGAUGAACCAGAAAUUUCAGAAAAUGCGGACUAUUCAACAGAUGCUGCCUUAGAUGAACCAGAAUCUUCCGCUAAUACUACUUCAGAUGAACCAGAGACUUCAGUGAUUGUGACCUUAGAUGAACCAGAAACUUCAGAAGAUGCGGACUAUUCAACAGAUGCUGCCUUAGAUGAACCAGAAUCUUCAGCUAAUACUACUUCAGAUGAACCAGAAUCUUCUGCUAAUCCUACUUCAGAUGAACCAGAGACUUCAGCGAUUGUGACCUCAGAUGAACCUGAAAUUUCAGAAGAUGCGGACUAUUCAACAGAUGCUGUCUUAGAUGAACCAGAAUCUUCAGCUAAUACUACUUCAGAUGAACCAGAAUCUUCAGCUCAAUUCAAUCCAGAAGAACCAGAAUCUUCAGUUAAUGAAUCAGAAUCUGCAGCUCAAGCUACUUCAGAUGAACCAGAAACUUCAGUUAGUGCCACUUCAGAUGAACCAGAAUCUUCAAAUGAAUCUACUUCAGAGGAAUCUUCAGCACAAGCUACGUCAGAUGAACCAGAAUCUUCAGUUAUGGUCACUUCAGAUGAACCAGAAUCUUCUAGCUCACUGGAAGAAGCAUCUUCUCCAGAAAUCCAGCCUUUCUCGAGUGAGACUACAACGGAAGUUACUACCGCCACAAUUGAUCGAAUAGAAACUAGUAAAGUUGUUGAGCCCACAGAAGUCGUCCCCGAAGAACCAUUUACAAUUGAUGUUGUCGUUAGUGAAGAGGAGCUUGUUUUUGGUUUUAACGGAACCCAUGUUAUACUUGUUGAAGAAGAUGAAGCUGCUUUCACGAUUGAAGAAGGUGUCAUGGGUGUUGGUAUAGAAGACCAAUACAUUCAAGUGCAAGAGGAUGGUUUAUUACUUGCUGUAGGCAGAGAGAAUGCUUCUUUAGGGUGGUCUAUGAUUGACAACCAAAUUCACUACGAUCCACCAGAAGAAUCAGGAUUACGUCGUCGUAAAGUUGCAGAAUUCACAUCUUGUGACCUGUUGGUGUAUGUUAAUGUUGAAGGAUGUAUGAGUCUUGAGCUAGUUCCAAAGAAUAUACAGGAGGUUGCACCCGAAUCGUCAGCAGUAUUGGAAUUUUCGACAAGUUCAUCAAUAAGCGAAAGUUUAUCAGAAACCCAAUCUUCAUCAUCUCAGACUUCAUUGGAAAGUUCAACAGAACCUCAAUCAUCAUCAAGUGAAUCAUCUCUGGAAUCAUCAUCAAGUGGAACAUUAUUGGAAACCGAAUCUUCUUCAGUUCAGACUACAUCCCGAACUUCACAGGAGUCUUCAAUCGAACCACAACCAACUCAAAUAGAUCCUACAAGACCGUUUAGAAUCUGGGGAAGUUUGAAAGGACAGGAAUAUGGUCACUUUGCUCAGAAUGGUAAUAGUAUUGUUUUUGGUUCAACUUAUCAAGAAAUCACAUUUUCGAUCCAGAAUACAUAUCUUGUAAUUGCCGAUGGUUUGUACAUUCAAAAUCUGACCAAUGGAUUGGUUGUAACAACUUCAAAGGAGGAUGCAUCUCCAGGGUUUUCUGUUGUCGAUGGUGGAAUUUAUUACAAUACUAUAACCGAUGGAAAUUUGGGUGAUGCAAAACCUGUUGAAUUUUUAGUUUGUGAAACCGCUACUGGUGUUUUUGUUGUACAUGUCAAUGUUGAAGAAGAUGGUGGAUGUGUGAAUUUAGAAGUUCAACUUGAGAAUACUGAUGAGAAUCCUGUUGAAAGUGAAAUUGAAUCUGAUGCUUCUGUUACUACACGCCAUGGUUCCCGUCAUUCACUUGCUGGGUCUAGGCAUACGGACAUUGAUGUUGAUCGUACACUGGUUUCUGUUGCUGCUACUACAAGCAGUGAUGCUGUGCAUAGUGCUGCUUCUGAUUUUGUAUCCACAACUGACUACAUCGGAACCAAACCAAAGUCGCUGUUUGUUACCAUCACUCGUCAAAAUACUAAAACCGUCACUCAAUGUGGAGUGGAAAAUAAAUGUCAAACUAGAACAUCGGUUUACUUGAUUAUCAUUGAAACUUAUUGUCCUGUGGUUGAAGAAGAAUUUAUCACUACCUUAACGAAAACUGUUACUAAAUGUAAAGACAAUACCUGUGGAGAAGUUAUCGAGGAAUCUACCUCUACAUCCACCAGAACUUCCAUAGUUACUGACUAUGUUCUUAGUGAAAUUAAUAAUGUUGGUAAUAGUAUCAAUCUCAGCGGGACUGAUAGCGGUAGUGGAAGUAAUGGUGAUAUCAAUGCUGAGAGCGAGAGUGAUAGUGGUUCUGCUGGUGGUGCUAAUAGUGGCAGUGGCAGUGAUGAUUCUGACAGCCCAAGCAAUGGUGAAAAUAUUGGUAGUGGUUCUGGUAGCGAAAGCAAUGGCAAUGGUGAAGAAAAUGUCAUUGAGGGUGCUCCUUCAGGAAGUAUCUCAACUGGCAGUGUUGCUACUGAUGAUUCUCCUGAGCAAGUAGGAGAUUAUUAUACUGCUGUCGGAGUGGACUUAUCUAAUGAUGCUGGAAGGUCAGAGGGACCUACCUUAGCUGCUCAUAACACAGCAGUAACUUCAUUCAACUCAAACCAUGCAGAGUACGAUGUUUAUAGACCUUCAUUUACCCCAGUUUUAGUAAACCCAUUCCUUGCUGAACUUGGCUUAGCAGAACAAGAUCAAGACGGAGAAUUCAAAUUUAAGACCGAGAAAGUGAUUUUAGAAUUAGCUGCUGGUACAGGAAAAUUUACUCAUAAUUUGAUUAAGAAUGGUUGGGGUUCAAAUGAUGAGAAUAAUAAUUUGAUUAUUGUAGAACCAAGUUCUGGAAUGCUUGAUAGUUUUAAAUCCAAUUUCCCCGAUUUAAAAAAUGUUCAUCAAGGAGAUUCAUAUAAAUUGCCUGUGGGUGAUUCGACAGUGGAUGUCAUUAUUAUCGCACAAGCAUUCCAUUGGUUUGCUGAUUUGGAAAGUCUUGCUGAAUUAAAUCGAGUUUUGAAACCAGAUGGGAAAUUGGGAUUGAUUUGGAAUUUUGAUUAUAGUUCUCCAAGUCAAUCUGGAUUAGUUGCAGAUGCGAAAUUUUUUAAUGAUAAUAGUUUAUAUUUUGAUAAGAUUAAGUUUGAGGAAUAUGAGAAAUGUUCUGAAUUGUUUGAAAGCUAUUUUGAUAAUCAGAAAUGGAAUGCAGAGGUGACUAAGUAUAUCUAUUCAUUUGAUCAACAUGUUCCUCAAUAUAGACAUGGGAAAUGGAGACCAAUUUUAGAACGGGCUAAUCCUUUUUUCGGGUCCGAGAUCAAAGAUUUGUUUGUGUUUUAUGACAAGGGAAUUAAGAGAGAUGAAGUAUGGAAAUAUUGGGAAACUAGAUCAUAUAUCACUGAGCUUGGAGAUGAAGAUAAAGAACGUAUGAAGAAACACGUAGAAGAACUGAUUGACAUUCUUGUCGAUGACAAUAGCUAUUCUGAUAAGGAGAAAACUAUCUUGAUCAAACCUAUGGGUACACAUGCUGUUGUAUUGAAUGUGAAAAAGUAG